AAAGUCAUCUGCCUAAGAAUUUGAACCCCGAACACCUCCCUCUCUCUGAUCCCUUAUGCCACUCUCUGCUUGUAUAUUCUGUACUAUAUCACCAAGCGUUGUUACAGUAGAGUCCAUUCGUAUUCAAAAGAGGAAGCUUCAUCAAGCUAUUAUUCCUCGUGGAAAAGGUGGACGUUCUUCUUUCAGUGGGAUUGUGGCUACAGUUUUUGGAGCAACUGGGUUUCUUGGUCGCUAUGUGGUUAACAGACUUGGGCGCAUUGGUUCUCAGAUCGUGAUCCCCUAUCGCUGUGAUCCUUAUGAUACUAUGCAUCUCAAGCCAAUGGGUGAUCUUGGGCAAAUUACUUUGCUGCACUGGGAUGCCAGAGACAAAGAUUCUAUAAGACGAGCUGUGGAGAAUUCCAAUGUUGUUAUUAACCUUGUUGGAAGGGAAUGGGAAACAUGGAACUACAAGUUUGAGGAUGUCAAUAUCAAUAUCCCAAGACAGAUUGCUCUUGCAGCCAGGGAGGCUGGAGUUGAAAAAUUUAUCCACAUUUCCCAUCUGAAUGCUAAUAUCAAGAGCAUUUCCAAGCUUCUAAGAACAAAGGCUGUGGGCGAGCAAGUUGUAAGAGAAGAAUUCCCUGAUGCUGUCAUACUGAAACCAUCUGAAUUGUUUGGAAGAGAAGAUCGAUUUUUAAACUAUUUUGCAAAUAUGCGCUGGUUUGGAGCAGCUGUACCACUGAUUGGCAUGGGCAAGAAGACGGUGAAACAGCCUGUUUAUGUUGUGGAUGUAGCCAAGGCGAUUGUAAGUGCAAUAAAAGAAGCUGACGCCAAUGGAAAAUCUUAUGCUAUAGUUGGACCCAAUCGAUACCUCCUUCAUGACCUUGUGGAAUACGUGUUUGCUGUUGCACACAGAUCAUUUAUUUCAUAUCCGUUGCCCAGACCUUUCUAUCACUUGAUAGCAAGGUUUUUCGAAUUGAAUCCAUUUGAACCAUGGACCUCUCGUGACAAGUUGGACAGGUUCCACAUCACGGAUAUGAAAUAUCCUGACCUUCCUGGUCUAGAAGAUUUGGGAAUCACCCCAACCCCUCUUGAGCAGAACGUGCUCGAGGUUCUGAGACGCCACCGUAGUUUCCGCUGGUUGGAAGCAGAGUUGGAGGAAACUAAACAAGCCACGCCUGUGAAUUACUAACAUACGCAGAAUUAAUACAGUCUGUUCCUGAAGAGAGACCAUCACCCAUUUGUAGUGUAAAUAAAAAGAUGAAAUGCUUCUACCUUAAAGAAAUAAAAUAUUAAGUAUUUAACUUGUGUUACUUGUGUUUCAGUACAUUUUAAAAUGAGUGUGAGAAGUCUGGAAUAGUAUGUUUAAUAUGGGAUUAUGGAAAUAACAGCAACAUAAUAACAGUUGUAUAAUGCCUUUCACGUUGGUAAAUAUUCCGUCCAAGUGCUGUUUUAUAUGAAGUGAUGACAUAACGUUGAUAAGUUGCUCAGUGCAAAACCUUAAGCUUAGAGUUUCAAUGUCACUUAAGUAAAAUAGUUGUAAAACUAUUCAAACAGGUUAGCUUUAAUAUGGUUGUUAAAUCUAAGCUACUGAAUACUAUUAAAACAAUUUCACACAUGUG